AUGGGUGCCUGGACCUCAGGCUCUGAUAUCUUCCUAAAUCUCUGGAGGAUUUAUGUGUACCCAAGGAGCACAAGAUGGAUGGACUUCAUCCAACAUUUGGGAGUUUGCUGUUGCAUUGCUUUCAUUUCAAUGGGCCUCUUCUCUGUGGCCUUCUACUGGCUUUUGUCAUCAGUCACAGUGUUCACCACCUCCUGGAUUACCAUGUGUGCUCUGCUGUGUUGCUCCAAGCAUGUGCGAUGUUUCAUUCUUCUCUUCUUUCUCUCUUGUGGCCUGCGUGAAGGCAAGAAUGCUUUGAUUGCAGCUGGCACGGGGAUAGUGAUACUUGGACAUGUCGAAAAUAUCCUUCACAACUUUAAAGGUCUCCUAGACAGUAUGACGUGCAACCUAAGGGCAAAGAGCUUUUCCAUACAUUUCCCACUUUUGAAAAAAUACAUUGAAGCAAUCCAAUGGAUGUAUGGCCUUGCCUCUCAACUCUAUCUACUCGAUGACCUUGUUUCGUGGAACCAGACCCUGGCGGUCUCUCUUUUCAGUCCUAGAGAAGCCCUGGAGGCUCAGCUAAAUGGCACCAAAGGUAAAGUUCUGAGUGCAAUGUACCAAAUGAUGACCACGGCCCAGGUGUUAUCUUCCCUAGGUCAGAAGCUACUUGCCACCACAGGCCUUGUGCUGGUCCUGCUAGGCACUGGCCUCUUUAUGAAGCAGUUUUUGGGCCCUGCUGGGGGGAAGUUUGAAAAUAUCUAUAUCACCAGACAAUUCAUUCGGUUUGACGAAAGGGAACGGCAUCAACAGAGACCCAGCGUCCUCCCUCUGAAUAAGAAGGAAAGGAAGAAAUAUGUUAUCAUCCCAUCUUUCUGGCUGACCCCUAAGGAAAGGAAAAACCUGGGACUGUUUUUCCUUCCCAUACUUACCCAUCUCUACAUCUGGGUGCUGUCUGCAGCCAUAGAUUAUCUGCUGUAUCGGCUCAUCUUCUCAGUGAGCAAACAUUUCCAGAGCAUGCCAGGGCUUGAGGUUCACCUGAAACUGCACUCGGAGGUGCAAAGAACCCAAGACACUAUCCACGAUUCUUCCUUUAAUAUAUCUCUGUUUGAACCAAACUGCAUGCCCAAACCAAAGCUCCUUCUGUCUAAGACCUGGAUUCCUCUCAGUGUUAUUCUUGUGAUAUUAGUGGUGCUAGGACUCUUGUCCUCCACUCUGAUGCAACUGAAAAUCCUGGUGUCGACAUCUUUCUACCCCAGCGUGGAGAGGGAGCGCAUCCAAUACCUCCAUGCAAAGCUACUGAGGAGAAGGUCAAAGCAGCCCCUGGGAGAAGUCAAAAGGAAACUGAGGCUGUACCUUACAAAGAUUCAUUUCUGGAUCCCAGUCCUGAAAAUGAUUAGGAAGAAACAGACAGACAUUGCAAGUGAAGAUAAUCCAUGAGGACCCCAAGUGUCUCCCUCCUCAGCCACACCACACCAGCAAUUCUCCUCAGGCGUAUUGAUGGUGGUCAAGAUUUGAACCCAGCAAUAGAGAGCUAUGUGACAUGGUCGUGCCAGGGGUUGGAAUUUGCAGGGCCAUCUUGCAUCACCUAGAUACUCCUCCCAACUUCUUUUCCCGUGAGGCCACAGGGCUACCAGGUAAAUGGUUAUGUGCUCUGUCUUCCAAACAGCACAUGAUCUGGACCAGGUCACGGUGUGACGGGAAAAUAACUGGGCCCCAUGGUAAUGACUCUCAGCAUAGUGACAUUCAAAGGAAAAAAAACAGAAAAGGACCCAAAAAUAAUUCAAACUUCUACUGCAGUCUCACAGGCAAAUGCCAAGGGAUAGCAUACA